AUGCGAAGUACUAACAACAUAUCAAACAUACAGCACCUGCUUCAUUUCUUCGAUUCACUCAUAGCCGACGGAUAUAUCAUUACCAUCCUGGGUGUCAAGCAUGUGCUGAAGUUAUCUUCAGAUUUGUGUCAAAAAUUUAUCCUGUACUACUUCCAACAAAGGAAGGAUCAGCUGCGCCCCAUUUACUUGGUUCAAGGAUUUAAUAAGUUCAAGACCGAAUACAUGUGUUCCAUUUUUCACGAAAUGGAUGCUCUGAGAAUGCUAAGAGAGAGUAACUACAAAGUAAAUAUCUACGGAGUGCACUCGAAUAAAAAUAUGGCAAAUUUAUCCGCACUGUGGAAAAAGGAACUGGAAGAGAUCCACAAGACAUAUCAGAAGGAUGUACGCGGACAACCCAUCAUCCCGAAAUUCUCCAACAUGCUACUUACCGAUGUGAAGGCUAAAAUAGACGAGUAUUGCCCAAACUCAAGAUAUCAGUUUCCGCACACUAUGUACAUAGCUGAGGGAAACGUUACUCAGAAGGAAGUUGAGAAAGAAUUCAACCUUGAACCUAGUGUAAGAUACGUUGGUACUAAUGAGAACAAGAAUGGAGGGAAAGGCAAGAACUGCAACAUAUCCAGACCGGGUACUCAAUAUAUAGACAUGUAUUUUAGAAGGAGAAUACCUGAGGAAGAAAAAAUUGAUGCUUUCCAAUCCACAGUGAGUAGGGAAUCUAGGCAUGUAGCUCCACAAGGCAUGCAUCAAAUGGUUGGCAAAAAUUACAUGAAUCAAAUGGCGCACACAAAUUUUACGCAUCAAAUGAUGGGCGCAAAUUACAUCCAUAAUAUCAAUGGACACCAUUAUGGGGAAAAAAGUGAGUACACCAAUUGGGGGGGAAAUAUAUCUCACUUGAAUCAUGGUAUGAACGGAACUAGAGUGAAUUAUGAGACUAACGUGAAUAACACCAACUCGGAAAAUAACAACUGCGAAAAUAACAAUUGCGAAAAGAACAACUUCGAAAAGAACAACUGGAAGUCCUUCAUGUCGCGCAUGAUCCAAAGUACGAAUGCAAAAGUCGCUGAAAAUAAUAUGAAGGAUAAAAAAGCCUUUGGCAAGAAACGAAAGCCGAAUAGCUAUGCUCAUGCUGCGAACAACAAAAGGGAAUGUUCUGUAGAAGAUGUAAUAAAGGGAAAUGAGAACAAACCGAAAAGUGGAAUGAAAAAAAAGAGUGGCACUGUGGUAGUCUCUGUGAACAACGAUGGAAAGGAAGAUGAAGUUGUUGUCGUACCAACCAGAGGAGAGAAAAAGGAAAACCAUUUGCCCAGGGGAAAAGCUCAAAAUGAUAAAGAGCAAAUGAAGCUGGACGCCCCAUUUGCAGUGUCAAAUAAUGACCUGAACAUGAAGAUGAACUAUUUUGAUAGUUCCUAUUCGGAAAAGGAAUUAACGCAAAAGAAAAUUUCCAACAAAGUUGUCUACACGGAAGAGGAAGCGCAAGAAGUCAUUAACGCAGUUACUUGGGACCAAAGUGUAGACAUGUUUUUUGAAAAUGGCUACUUCGUUGUGGUUGACAAGAGCAUAUCUGAGAAUAAUCAAGGCCCAAUAUCGGAAGAAAGGAAGAACAUGGAAAACGCCAAGGAAAACUUCCCCUUCGGCAAUAACAACAAGAAACACACUCAACAGACAUUAUUGACGAAUUUUUUCAAGAUAGUUCCUUAA